AUGUCGGCAGACGACGGAAGACGAGACUCGACCCUCGCUUUGGGUCUGCCGCACAUAUUGAGGAUUACAGACACGACUGACAUGGUGUGGGCAAUGUUUCUUUCUAUGGGCGCUGGUGGUGGUCCUGUUUCUGCAAACUUGAUCAUCCGAGACAAGAGGAUCAACAAGGCGAGAAGCGGCUCAAAAGGCGAAGAGGGCAUUGAGGUACCACCAAAGUCGACGACCAAACCAUUAUGGAGCACUCUUCACGACGACUUCCUCAGUCCACUUUAG